UUAGAGGACAGACACAUUCUUCCAUCUCCGCUAAUCCUCCUCUGAUACAGAGGAUUUUCCUGCCAUUAAAUGAUAGCUUGUGAGAAAAAAAUGCCAACUUUUCAGAGACUGACUGGUAUGGCUAAGGGCAGCCUCAUCAGCAGGAGGGAGGACACAGCCACUGCCUGGCCAGAUGAGAGGAAUCUGCCUUUGGCAUGGCUCGUGGGAAGGACGCAGAUGAGCUCCUGAAAAGCAGUGGCACAAAGCUGCAGGAUUCCCUGAGAAGGUCAGUGGUGGAAGGAAGAUACUCACCAGGAAGGUGCUGGGGACUUCUUCAGUUUGAAAGUGUGUGAGAGAAGAGCAUUUUCCUUCAUCUUUCUGUCUAAACAUAAAUCUUUUUGCGGAAAAAUGAUGCAGGGAAAUGAGAGAGGAUGAAACCCAUCUCUAUUCUUCCUGUGUGCUUUCAGAUCCCUUAAGUUUGCUUGCCAGACCUGAAAUGCCACUAGAGAAUAAUCAAGGUAAUGUUUGCCAUCGUUCUAAAUGUGAUCCUUUGGGUCCCACGGGUGCACGGGGUGUGGGCCUGCGUGCGCUCCUGCCCUCCCAGCUGCGUGUGCACCCCGGAGAGGAGCUGCUCCGUGCUCUGUGACCGCGCCGGGCUGGGGCAGAUCCCCAGUGAGUUCCCCUGCGAAGCCUCCUCCAUCAACCUGGAUAAAAACAGCAUCAAGUUCCUGUCUGAGAGGGCCUUCGGGACGCUGCCCUCCCUCAAAUCCCUGUCGCUCAACCACAACAACAUCUCCUUCAUCACGCCGGGCGCGUUCAAGGGGCUGCCCAGCCUGACGGAGCUGAAGAUGGCCCACAACGAGUACAUUCGCUAUCUCCACACGCGGACCUUCACCGCGCUGCGGCGCCUCGUGAGGCUGGACCUGGCCGACUGCAACCUCUUCAACAUCCCAGACAGGAUCUUCAUCGAGCUGCCAGCUCUGCAGGAGCUGUUCUGCUUCCAGAACAACUUCCGAAGGAUCCCGGGCGCCAUCAGGGGCAUGGAGAACUUGACCCAUGUGUACCUGGAGAGAAAUAGGAUUGAAGCGGUGGCCUAUAACUCCCUGCAGGGCCUGACCAAGCUGAAAUACCUGAAUCUGCAGGACAACAAGAUAAAUGUCAUCCACGAGCGAGCUUUUCAGGGCUGUCAGAGGAUGGAGUACCUGUACCUGAAUGACAACUUGAUCACUGAGCUUCCAGAAAACUCCUUCGAUGGCCUGAGGCGCCUGAAGAUGCUGAACUUGGGGGGGAAUUUUCUCAGGAACAUUUCCAACACCUGGUUCCGGGACUUGGGGGAGCUGGAGUUCCUCUACCUGGACCGCAACAGGAUCAGCUACAUCGAGGAAGGGGCUUUUGAGAACCUCACCAGCCUGGUGGCCCUGCACUUGAACAGCAACAACCUGACCACGCUGCCCUUCUCCGUGUUCGAGCCCGUGUACUUCCUGGGGCGGCUGUACCUCUUCCGCAACCCCUGGGAGUGCGACUGCCGCAUCGAGUGGCUCAAGGAGUGGAUGGAGAACUACAGGCUGGUCAGGGAUAUUCCGUGUGCCUCCCCCUCCUCCGUGGCUGGCGUUGAUCUGACGGACGUGCUCUUCGAGAGGUCUCCCGAAGGUUACUGCCUCGACCCGGAGGAGCUGAACGUCACGGCCGAGCGGCCAACACCAAGCGAGGAGCCUUGGUCCACCACAGAGAGCAAGUUCAACAGCCUUAUCUCCAAACUCUUGCUCCAGAUGGGCCUUCCCGAAGAGGUGGCAAAUGCCACUGAAGUGUACAGUAACAGCACGCAGCCGGACGGACAGACUGAAGGGGUUUCUUCCAGUGUGGGGGAGGACAGAACCGAGGCUGACUCCUCUUCCUUGUACCUCCCAGCACUUUUGACAGUGAUUGUUCUGCUGUGCAAAUAGUCCAAGGGCUGGAUGGAGCAGGGGUUCUGCUCAAGUCUUUAGACCCUGCACCUACUUAGUCAUCAGAGAAAAGUUUUAUUGUGGGCCUCUGAUACGUAACGGGCUCCAAACUCUUCCAGGCUGGGUUUGUUGGAUCUGGCUCCAGAUUCCCCUGGGAGCUGGUGAAUCUGGGUCCCACUCUGGGUGACAAACCUGCCCUGUGGGUGUCCCAGAGCCUCCUGGCUGUGCACAGGGAGAUGAGCAGCACUAUGAUUGUGCCUGGAGAUGUGUGAUGUUCUGCUGGGAAAGGAGGGAAGAAGGCUCUGUCUGUGGGGUGUUUGUCCCAUCAGGCCAGCUUGUGGGGGCAAGAUGUUCCAUGCUGACUCAGCUUCGUGAGAGCAAGAUGAGGCUGCAAAACUGGGCCCCUCUUCAUGUCCUGACAGACACCCACACCCACAGCAGGUGCUGCUGAACAACGGGAAACUAUUCCUGAUUUUCACCAGUGGGGGCAGGAGGGAGCAGGGCAGUCCUGGACAACAUCCAGGAAUGCAGCAGGAAACAUGUACAGGCCUCAUGGAGACAUCCAGAGAACAUGUACAGGCCUCAUGGAGACAUCCAGGGAACAUGUACAGGCCUCAUGGAGACAUCCAAACAUGGAGACAUCCAGGGAACAUGUGCAGGCCUCAUGGGGACAUCCAUGGAACAUGUACAGGCCUCAUGGGGACAUCCACAGAACAUGCACAGGCCUCAUGGAAACAAGGAAAGUGCCUGGGGGGGCACCUGCCCCAGGCAGAUCUGGGAUGGGCACGGUAUUUUUGCUGUGACCACAGGCAGGAUUUUGAUCCUUUCUCUCCUCCCUGUUGUUCUGAUUCUGGUGCAGGAGAACCAGAUGGACUCGUGUUUGUCCAAACAUUCUUCUCUAAGGCAAAGCUACUUAAACUUAUCCUACUUAUUCCAUAAUUUCAAUGUGUUUAAUUUUUCUGUGAAUAUAUUGUUUCAAGGAAUAUUUUUUUUUAUUUGUAGAUUAUUUCAUGGCAUGGCAGCAGGGGCAGUGCAUGGUGAUGACAAAUGCAACCAGGCCCUAUGAAUUAUUUUGUAUUUCCACCACUAAUAUGUAUCUUGUAGUUUUUCAUAUUAUGCCAUAUUGAUAAUUUUCUUUUAUACAACAUCUUAAGUGUUUUAUCUUUGAACUUAUCAAUAACAGCUGCUAAUAUGACCAGAAAAAUUAUGCUUUAUGUAUCAAAGAAUAUUAAUAAAAUAAUUUGA